CGCGUCUCCAAAACCCGCGAGCAGACAGCCCGUCCUCAGAAAUGCUGCGCAUUGCCCACCGCCUCCGCGCUCCGACACGCCUCUCAGCGAUGCGUGGCAUGCGGUACACGACCGCGGCGCCUGACGACAUCCGCAAGCGUCUCACCGAUGAACUGAAGACGGCCAUGAAGGCCAAGGAUGCCUUCACGUCCACAACCAUCCGGUCCGUGCUCGCAGAGGUCUACUCGGCCGACAAGCUUCAGGCGCAGCCGCUGCCCGGCGGCGGCGUCGUCUCGAUCCUCCGCAAGGCCAUGACGCGACGUGCCGACGCCGCAGCCGAGUUCGACAAGGCCGCCCGGCCCGACCUCGCAGAGAAGGAGCGCAGGGAGGCCGACGUCCUCCAGGCCUUCGUGCCCCCGCUGCUCGCCCCAGCCGAGAUCGACCGCAGGCUCCAGGAAGUCUUCGCCGAGCUCCAGCCGGCACCGGGUGACAAGAAGGCGAUGGGCCAGGUCUUCAAGGCCUUUUACGCACGCGUCGACCGAUCGGCCGUCGACACUGACCUCGUCAAGAAGCGGGCAGAGGCCCUUCUCGCAGCAGCGUGACCAUGGACGCGCACACACGCCGGCAUCGCAAACGAG